GCGCGUGUUAGCAUAUCGCAUAGUUGUCCACAUUUUUUCCGGCGGGAAUGUAAGUUAGACGUUUCCCCCAAAUGAAAAGCAGGUGAGGCGUGUAGGUGUAGCUUCAGUUUUCACCCUUCCAGUUCUAAAACCAGAAAAUCCGAUACAUUCAAUUUUCCCACCGGAGAAGAAAACAAAAGAAAAUCGAGAAAGUUACUCUUCAGCUUGCCUUUUUUUUUCCCCCACCUAAAUUCCCAUAAUGCCCCCGGUCUCUCAAUCUUUCAAUCUAUUCGACAAAAUUCCCGUUUCUGUUUAGCCUCUUUCUGUCGGUCUAUCUCAAUCUCCGCGCGUUCCAGCUGUUGAUGGAGCCGCAGAGGAGCCAAGAUCAGAGUCUCUCCGAGAGGAAGGGACAGAAGCGGAAACUGGAGGAAGAGAUAGAAGAGAAGCAGCGAGAGAUCUCAGCUGCGGUCCCCUUCGGCGAUGCGCGUGAAGCACUUUUAUACGAGGUGACUGCGCAGGUAAAUAUCCUUAACUCGACCUUCUCUUGGAACGAGGCCGAUCGGGCAGCUGCCAAGCGCGCCACUCACGUCCUUGCAGAGUUCGCCAAAAACGAGGAAUUAGUGAACGUAAUUGUUGAAGGAGGUGCAGUUCCAGCUCUUAUCAAGCAUCUUCAAGCGCCUUACACGAAUGAAGCUGACCGUAAUCCGAAACCGUUUGAGCACGAGGUGGAAAAGGGGAGUGCUUUCGCUCUAGGACUGCUUGCCGUCAAGCCAGAGCAUCAGCAACUCAUAGUUGAUGCUGGCGCUCUGUCACUUCUUGUGGACCUGUUGAAGAGGCACAAGGAUGGUUCUAGUUCUCGGGCAGUAAAUAGUGUAAUUAGAAGGGCAGCUGAUGCUAUCACCAAUCUAGCUCAUGAGAACAGCAGCAUUAAGACACGUGUUAGGGUGGAAGGUGGGAUUCCUCCUCUGGUUGAGUUGCUUGAAUUCACUGACACAAAGGUGCAAAGGGCUGCUGCUGGGGCACUACGCACUCUGGCUUUCAAGAAUGAUGAGAAUAAAAAGCAGAUUGUUGAAUGUAAUGCUCUUCCCACCCUCAUUCUAAUGCUACGGUCCGAGGAUGCUGCUAUACACUAUGAAGCUGUUGGUGUGAUAGGAAAUCUGGUGCAUUCAUCCCCAAGUAUAAAGAAAGAAGUACUUGCUGCUGGUGCUCUGCAACCUGUUAUUGGCUUACUUAGCAGUUCCUGCUGCUCUGAGAGCCAGAGGGAGGCUGCUUUGUUACUUGGACAAUUUGCUGCAACAGACUCCGAUUGCAAGGUUCACAUUGUACAAAGGGGUGCAGUUCAACCUUUGAUAGAGAUGCUUCAGUCUCCAGAUGUACAGCUGAGAGAAAUGUCAGCCUUUGCACUGGGGAGGUUGGCACAGGACUCGCAUAAUCAAGCUGGUAUAGCUCAUAAUGGUGGUUUAGUGCCACUACUGAAGCUUCUGGAUUCAAAAAAUGGAUCUCUUCAACAUAAUGCUGCAUUUGCCCUAUAUGGUCUUGCCGACAAUGAGGAUAAUGUGUCCGAUUUUAUUAGGGUGGGAGGUGUCCAGAAGCUGCAGGAUGGGGAAUUUAUUGUUCAAGCAACAAAAGAUUGUGUAUCAAAGACUUUGAAAAGAUUAGAGGAGAAGAUUCACGGACGAGUUCUAAACCAUUUGUUAUAUCUAAUGCGUGUAGCAGAGAAAGCUGUCCAACGACGUGUUGCUUUAGCUCUUGCACAUCUUUGUUCCCCAGAUGAUCAGAGAACCAUAUUCAUUGAUAACAAUGGAUUGGAGUUGCUGCUUGGUCUCCUAGGCUCUACAAGCCCAAAGCAACAAAUUGAUGGCGCUGUCGCUCUCUACAGGUUGGCAAAUAAAGCAAUGUCUCUCUCCCCUGUGGAUGCAGCCCCACCUUCUCCAACACCACAGGUAUAUUUGGGGGAGCAGUAUGUAAACAAUUCUACUUUGUCUGAUGUUACCUUUCUGGUCGAAGGUAGACGGUUCUGUGCCCAUAGAAUUUGCCUGCUUGCUUCUUCAGAUGCAUUUCGUGCAAUGUUUGAUGGAGGCUACCUGGAGAAGGAUGCAAGGGAUAUUGACAUUCCAAACAUUAGAUGGGAGGUUUUUGAGUUGAUGAUGAGAUUCAUUUACACAGGAUCAAUAGAUAUUUCAUUAGAUAUUGCACAAGAUCUGCUAAGGGCUGCAGAUCAGUAUCUUUUGGAGGGGCUUAAGAGACUCUGUGAAUAUACAAUAGCACAGGAUAUAUCACUGGAAAAUGUUGCGAGCAUGUAUGAACUUUCAGAAGCUUUUCAUGCUAUUUCGUUGAGGCACACAUGCAUUUUGUUUAUCUUGGAGCAUUUUGAUAAAUUGAAUGCUAAGCCCAGGCACUCCCAUUUGAUCCAGCGUAUUAUACCUGAGAUUCGGAAUUACUUUGCCAAAGCACUUACCAAAAUUAACCCACGUAACUUGCGGUUGUAGAUUGCUGGUAUUUGAUUCUUGAUCUCUAACUAGAUAACAUUGUACAGAUUGGUAGAUCUCAUCGAUGUCAAGCCAUUUGAAGGUUCUUAUAGGAUGGUUAAUAUGGCUCAUAAUCUUCCCCAAUACCAGAGUGCUGUUCCACGUGUAUACAUUGUAACAUUGUUUCCAUUUUCUUGAAUGUUGAUCGGCAUGUUCUUCACCGACAUUAUUGUUGCCAUGUAUUGUUAUGUAUUCUGUGUAAGAGUUGAUUUCUCUGGGGCAGAAUUUCAGGUCCAAAAUCUAAACCUCAUUAACGGCUCGUGUGGUUUAAUAUGUUUA